CAAAAAUAAAUUACAACAAAAAUAUGUGUUACAUAGGAAACCUUGAACUUGCCCGGCUCACGUGUGAAACAUCUGCAAAGAUAUGCCGCCAAUGACGACAGUCCACGAAGCAUAAUGCCGAAGCAAACAAAACAAAAUUUCUUCAACAAGUGGAAAUGUUGGCGAUAUUUUUAAAACAGUGGGUGUGUAGGGUUGUGGUGGGUCCGAGGGAGGCAUGUGACGUUCUAAGCAAAGGCAAAAAGCUUUAAUUAUGCUAUUUUAUAUAUGUCCACCCAUCUCUCCCUCCCUCCCUCACGUUUAUCAAGAGUGAUAGUGGCGCUGUUGAUAAUCGUUAAUGGAAAUGAAAGAAAAAGUAUUAAAGUCCCAGUGGAAUUUGCAGAAAAGGAAUACGUGAUUUUGGGUUGCCCAGAAAAUUAUUUCAAAUAUGUGCAGAGUUGUGAUUGCAAUUGUGACGAAAAUCUUUCUUUCAUAAGUAUUAUCUACGGAAAAAGCAAGCAAAACACUCAGUAAAAAGUAUUUAACGUUGGCAAUAAAAAUGACAUUAGAUUGGUGAAGUGACUCAAAGGCUAAUGCAUAUUAACGAGGGGCACUCAAAUCGUUACGAUUUAAAAAUUAAAAAAAAAAUCACGGCAAGCAAAAGUGAAAAAAGAUUUCAUAGGUGGUUCUCAAUAUAUGACUACCGAUGAUUGCCCAAGUAAACACCUUCUACAGUUUACCGAAGAGUUUAGCAAUUAUGAUAUAAAAAGUAGGCAUUAAGCCAACGAUGGCCAAGCACACACCCACACCUUCUACAUUACUGUAUGGGUACACGAGAACAACUCUUAUAUUGUCUUCCGAUUGUUGUCAUUCUAUGUAGUUCUUUAAGUUAAUGGAAUCAUCGGGAAAGUUCACAAGCAAUGCCUACACUUCGGUAUAUCAAACCACUACAGAGCCACUCAAAACAAAGACCAAAAAGCCACCAAGACGUGACAAAAGUGAUCUUGGAGAAGAUUUUAUAGCUCCCGAUGAUGGUUGGGCUUGGUUGGUAUGCAUAGCCGCUGGCAUAUCCAAUCUCUCAAUAUAUCCAUGUGUCCAACAAUUUGGCUUCAUUUUCAAAGAGCGUUUGGAGAACUUGGGUUUGAGCAGCUCGCAGGUUACCACAAUCAUCAAUACAAAUCCAGCGGUAUCCGCUUGCACAGGCCUUCUGAAUGGACCCAUGUUCAGGCGUUUCACAUUUCGUCAAGUGGCUUUAACUGGAGCACUGCUCAUCUUCGUGGGCAUUAUGUUAACAGCCUUUUGCGAGACCUUCAUUGGCUACAUCAUCUCAUUUGCCUUACUUUUUGGUUUUGGCAUGGGCAUAAGCGUGUCGGCAUCAUCAUUGGCCAUCAACACCUACUUUAAGAAAAAACGCAGAAAGGCGGCCGGAUUCUCCUGGACCAUAACAGGCAUUGGUCCAAUUAUUUUGCCGCAUUUGGUUACCUUCUUGGUGUCGGUGUAUGGUGUCCAAGGCACCGUCUUCAUAUUUGCUGCACUUUCACUGCAUGCCGUUGUGAGUGCCCUUAUCUACCAACCCGUACAAUAUCAUGUACACAAAAGAUCCGACGACUCAACACAACCACCCGUCGUUCUUGAAGAGAAUUUGCAGCAUCUGUGCAAAUACUGCGAAUUGCAGUUGCAAAAACAGACGGGCAUUUUCUCUUCCCAAUACCUUUACCAGGAUGACGAUGAAGAUAAACCAGGAUUCGAGAUCAUAGAACCUGGUACUCCAAUGUUGUCCAGGGCUAAUGAUGGUUGGUAUGGCUCAAAAAUGUCUUUGGCUUCCUCAAGACCACGUCAUCGCACCAUAUCCACCAACAUAGAUGUUGAAAAUUGGAACAGAAGAAGUCGCUUGGUGAGCGAAGGCGAUGAAGAAGAAGAAUUGAAGCAAAAAUCUUCUCUAAAGCCUAACAAUUUCAAUAGGGAAAGAGAAAAAAACCUGAAACAAAGCAGUUUGCGCAACAAGUACGGAGAUGGUCCGCUGAAGUGUACUUGUGCCGAAGAGAGGGCACUUAUGGAACUCAAUAAAAUUCAGGCAUUCGAGGGCCUACAAGGAAGAGAUACCAAAAACUCGUCCGAGUCGGAUUUGGAUGAACCCAAGAUUACAUUUCUGCAAAAGGUUGUGGCAUUUUUCGAUCUGAGCCUAUUACGCGACUUCACCUUUGUUAACUUGGUCAUGGGUCUGACUAUCAUCAAUUUUGGCGAAUUAAAUUUCUCCAUUUUGACACCCUUCAUUCUUAGCGACUUUGGCUUUGAGACGUCACAGAUGACUUUGUCCAUAUCUUUAUUGGCCGGCUUAGACAUCACAACUCGUUUCCUUAUGCCAUUUUUCACGGAAAAGAUACCGUGGGAUAAUCGGGUCUUCUUCCUCAUAGGUGUUGUGGGCAUAGCAUUGGGCAGAACCGUUGUAGCCUGCACUCGAUCCUUUUCCGUGAUACUAGUCACAUUCGCCAUCAUCGGGGUAUUCAAGGGAAUACGCACAAUCUUCUGGCCCCUCAUCAUACCAAGCUGUGUUCCAUUGAAAAGACUGCCAGCUGCCUCUGGACUACAGCUUUUAAUAUCGGGACUCUUUACAUUGGCCGCCGGUCCAUUUGUAGGUCUGGUACGAGAUCGCUUCAAUUAUGCCGUAACACUGCACUGUCUAAACGCAAUGACGUUUGUGGCCGCCAUAUCAUGGACAACUGAAGCUCUGGUGCGCAGAUAUUUACAAAAACCAAGUACUUUGAAUUGUGAUUAGAAAUAGUUGGGAUCUUUUUUACAACGUAAAAUAUUGUUUUUAAUAAAUGUUAAAUCUUCUAUAAAUAUAUAAA